CAGCAGCUUCCAACAAACGAUCGAACUCCUUCAAUUGUCACAACCGUCAGUUUUUACACCGGACGGUCCUGAUCUAAAAUAGCUCCUCCCCGCACUACUAAUAGUAACCAUGUAAGUACCCUCGGCGAGCCAAAUCAUCACGGCAAAAGCCAAACGCUUGGUUGAAAGAGAUCGCCGGAAUUUGGGAGGUUUCCGUCGCCGGAACUUCUCCCGGCUCCUCGGAUCCUCUUCUUUUUAUUUAAAUUUCAGAUGUCAAGCCCCAGCAACUUCCUCGCCGCCGCUCCCAACGGCGAUUUCAAGCUUCGCCACUGGCGAUCGCCGGCCUACCUCCGGAUAAAAGAACCCGCCGUUCCGGCCGCAAUCGAUAUCCCGCCGGAGGCGAAUAGCGAACCUGAGUUGAGUAAUUGGAGCCCCAACUCAAACAUCCGAGAAGGGUACACAAGCAUCCGAGACCUGAUAGUCUCCUCCCCGAGAAGCUGCGUCGCCUCCCCGACCUAUAUCGGAUCCGAGAUCCAGAUCCGAAACCCACUCGUGAAGCAAGCGGUCUACACAUAUCUCCAUCUAACUCCUUCCAGCGCCGACUCAGCCUCCUCCUCCACCUGCGAUUUGUCUCUCCGGCGGCUCCUGGUGGCGAUCUCCGCCGCUUUCGGCCGCUGCUUUGGGAUCAUCGCACGGCUGCUCUGCUGUGCAAGCUCCGGCGACUUGCGGUGAUCCGCUUAUUUUCUUUUAGGGAUUUACGUGCAGGCCACAAAAAUUUUAUCUUUUUACAUAUGCAACUUUUAAAUUUUUAUAUUUAUUUAUAUGACAUAUUAAUCUGUUUUGGGUUA